AAUAGUGUGGAAUAAGUGGAAGUAGAAUAUGUCAGAUUGUCAGACAAUCAAUGUCACUGGAAUAUUCCACUGACAAUCUGACAUAUUCCACUUGUCUGACAUAUUCCACCUGUCUGACCGGGUUAGGAACCAAGGCGAGUUGAUAUUUCGCUACCGCUAAAGUAGAUGCGAAGAGUAAUAGUGAGUGCGAACCAAUAUGGCGGACAGCCACGUUUUCCGGAGCUCUCACGUUAUUGCUCUUUUGCUCCUGGGUAUCAUUCUCAGCGCUGGAAGAUUAAGUUUCGAGGACGGGUUUUGCUCCACUACAACGCCUAAUCUGAAGUUCGGCAUGCAUGGUCAACCUGUGGAAGCGCUAACGGCAUAUUUCAUUCUCGACCCAGCGUGGAACAACUGCCGCCAUGAUUCCAAAGUUUACCGGGUAGAAGGCUAUCUAAGAGCCAGAGUGAGCCGAUUUCCCAACUCGGCUUCAACAUUUCAAAUAUCUCGCUUAAUUAUUAGUGGAGAUAUUGCUGAAAAUCCCGGACCAACUUCGAACAAACAAAGCUGUCCCAAGUGCUCAAGAACCAUCGCUCAAAACCACAGAACGCUCACGUGCAACACUUGUGAUCUCAAGUACCACAUCAAGUGCGGUAAUGUUACGCCCAAGGACUUCAAACUAAUUCAGAGGACCGCAGCAAUGAUCUGGGAGAUAUGCCCACCACAGAAGUACUUAAGACUGCCAAAUGGGAUUCCUUACACUUUAUGUACAAAGUCAAGUUGGCAACAUUAGCAUAUAAGAUUUUUCAUGAUUGUACCCCUCCCUCCAUGGGUCAUAUUUUA